AUGUCUGGUAACAUACAGCUGAACAUUUCAAUCGGUGAUCAAACUAAAAUUCUUGUCGUCUCCGCGGACUGUACGAUUGAUCAUGUCUUGGAGGAGAUUCAACGAAAAUUCAUCCCGACCAUCGAAGCCAACCAGCUGGAAGUCCUCCACGCCGGCACGAUUAUAUCUUACGGAAGCGAGAGAAGGUUGGUGGCGUUGGAGAUAACACACGCCUCGUCCCUAACCGUGGUCAUGGGUCUUAAAGGGGGCCAGUUCAAAGGCCCGCGACCUGACGGCCAGUACACAAAACGUGUCAGCUUCACUUGCGACAAAAAAAUUCGUUGCAUAGUCAGUCUCGACAAUGAUGAGAUGCACCCUAGAGCCAUCAUGCCCUGUGGACACCACAUAACUUCAGAAUCAAUGGUCGAACAUUGCCUGUAUGAAAUUUCAAAGAAGCAAAACCGGAUAACUUGCCCAGAGUGUAGCAAACCCUGGGAUUGGACUACAGUCGAACAGGUGGCCAAGUUCAAGGACGAUGAAAAAAUUAAAAUUCAGAAUUCCCUGUCUGAAAAUUUCCUGAUGAAGAGCAGAGGAUACUUUCCAUGCCCUGGUUGCAAGAUCUGGUGCACCAGAACCGAUAAAUCGAUGACGAUCAUAAUUGUGAAGAGAAUACUCUGGAUUGCGGUCUUGCCAUAUUCGUUGGCCAAUCACAAACGCUUGAUAUAA